AAAAAAAAAAAAAAAAAGAGCGUCGAGCCCUUGUAGCAAAAGAGAGAACGACAACACAGAAGUGCAGUGAAGAAGAGAAAAGAAGAAUGCCCGACAGCAACACCAGUCAGGAGGUGGGUAACAAAAAGACGAAACAGAGUCAGGGUUUUCCAGCAACCCGAAGCUCUCUCGCGUCAAAAUUCAGAUGUUGAUAUUAAAAGGCUUCAUAGUGCUAAACACGGGCAUCGAACAAGCGCGCAAAUCGUUUCGGAACGGUCCAGUGUAAAGCCCAAGUGGAGUAUGAUCCAAAGCAAGUACGGACGGUGGAGGCUGGUGAAAGCCCGGCACGCAGGGACGUUUUUGAUAGUGCCCUCCGUAGUGUAGCAUCAGAAAUAUGAAAGCCAUCGCAUCAUUUGCGUGGAGGACUAGUGUAGCAGUCUCUGAUCAUGGUGGAUAUAACUGUAACCAUCACCGUGACGGCCAAGAUGAGCUCCCACGAGGGGUCGAGUCCAGAGAAAAACAACACAACUCCAUGGGAUUAUUACUAUGGUCGAAUUCCAUCCAACCAAUCUUAUUUCAUUUAUUCAUGCUUUUGUCUUUUUGCUUUUUUUUUUUUUCUCAUUGUUUGCGGAAAGGAAGUUGAGUACCGCGAGUCGAGUCACGAGUACGGUGCUGACUCACUGAUCUCAGGGUCGUUAAGUGAAGUGGAGAGCAUCCAAGAGAUGGCUGUUGACGCUACGUCUCAAAGUGCGCCGAGGUGGAUUCGUUAGUGAGCGGCGCUGCUGGGCCGAAAUUUCAACCUGAAACCGCAUGGCCCAUGCAGGAUGGGAUUGGAUGGGGUUGGUGAGGAGUACAAAGUUAUUUUUAAUUGUAUUAUUAGCCAGCACUGAUGGGGUGGGAGGGAUAGAAUGUCUGAUGGAUAUAAUCAGAA